AUGUCGUCGGUAUUUGAUCUUCUCGGAGAGGAGGAUAAUUUGAACGAGCCGGAGCCGAUAUUGAAUCGACUGCCAGCCGUCUAUGGCAUGAUAUUUUCGUUCCUGAUCCUAUCGACACUCUGUGCCAUCUGGCGGCUCUGGAUCCGCCUCUUCGUCACCCGCACACCUGGUUGGGAUGAUGUUUUCGUCGUGCUGGCCGUGCUGUGCAAUAUCGGCCAGGCUGUGGGUUUAUAUCUAGCGAGCGAGCGUGGCUUGGGUCAACACUUCCUUUUGCUCGGCCUCGAUGGUAUGCAGGAGUUUAUUCGAACCUUUUACAUCGCAAACGGGACGUAUCCCAUGUGCAGCACCUUCAUCAAGCUCGCCCUUUUGUUUCAGUAUUUGCGCCUUUUCGGCAAGGGGACCAGACUACGGAUAGUCACAGUCAUCACGAUAAUCGUUGUCUGUUCCUGGGGAUUUGCUUUCACCUUCAUGUCAUGGGUGCCAUGCGUGCCCAUCCGGGGGUACUGGGACUGGAAUAUCCCAGACUCUCAAGUCACACGGUACGGGUUUGGUUCGCAUGACGCCGACACUUUUGUGGCCACCUACCUGACUCACGCCGCAACCAACGUCGCGCUCGAUCUGGUCAUUUUCACGAUUCCCAUUCCUCUGUACUUUGAGAAGGGUGUCCAAACAAGAACACGGUGGGCGCUGUGCGGCCUGUUCGUGCUCGGGGCAAUUGUCAAUGUUUGUUCCAUCUGUCGGCUCGUUUCUAUGGUGAAUAAUCGGGCGGCGACUUUCCCCACCCUGGAUCCAUCUUGGUACGCGUGCGUCCCAGCCGUAUUGUCGGUACUCGAGGUGAAUUUGGCGACGAUCUGUGCGUCACUGCCAGUGUUCUGGCCCGUCAUAAAGGAGAACCUGGGCAGGAUCCUGGUGACCCGGGAAGUCGAUGUCACGCGCGAGACGCGCGACUUCAGUACUAUUAACAACACUUGGGAGGACAGCGACAUGUUCGCGCUGGAGGUGGUACCCUCCAACCUGAAGCCACACCUUGACCAGAGAUACAUGUUGUCGCAUAUCGAUCCGCUCCAGGAGGAGAAGCCGACAACGACAACUGUCAUGGCUGCGGGCCAGCAGGCCAACGGUGGUGCUAGGGGGAACAGAUCGCUUGAUCUGGGCAUGAAUUUUACUUCGAGCUUGUCCGGUCUCGGGUUGCACAGGCCAGUUGUGGAGAAGAGGGAAAGCAAGGAAAUUUUGUUGAAUUCAUGA